AUGAUAGUAUUUCUAAACAAAAUUGAUGUCCUGGAUGAGAGAAUACGAGCGGGACAACGUAUCUACCGAUUACAAUCGGCUGCUUCCACUUGGCUUGGUUCUCACGAGUUGCGUAAAUGCGAGCUUUCGAUGUUCUCCUUGCUUGAAUGCCCGGACAAUGGUUCCGCUAAUCCCGUUGCUUCCGAACGAGAAUGUCCGGUCGUACGGGUCCGGCGCUCCCGCACAUCAAACACCACGAGCGUGGUCAAUGACAAUGGUGGUUAUGGAUUACGGAAUGCCACAGGCACGAGACCGUCUAUGACAGCCUCAUCUGUUGGGAUUCCGUUAAUUGAGUCAAGUCCUUUGUACAGUCUGGACGAGUGCGGGGCCAGUUUAAAACCCCACAAUUCGGAACUAGGCAGCACGCAGCUGUCCAUUCGAGCUAGCUUGAGCUCAUUCAACCGAAGCUUACGUGUCCUCAGUCCGAUCAAUUCCGUCCGUCGCUUCCGACGCAGUUUUCGUCAGGCAUCUUUGCUCCCCGUACCAGCAUCUCCCGAUUCCUGUGGAAUCACAAGUCGUGUCUCGUGUACGGUGCUCGUGGCUCGAGUAAUACUCAACAAUCCUUAUCGAACGUUCAUUCCAACAAGUAAGGAUUUUGCUGUAUUCUAA